AUGACCGUGGACAUGGACGCAGUCCUGUCCGACUUUGUCCGUUCUACUGGUGCCGAACCAGGAUUGGCCAGAGAUCUGCUGGAGGGCAAAAACUGGGAUUUUACUGCUGCGCUCAGUGACUUUGAGCAGCUGCGACAGGUGCACGCCAGCAACCUGGCGUAUUCGUUCCCAGAAGAGAGGACGUGUCAGCCGCUGGAGAAAGAGAUGGCCAGGGUCGGGCGGCCGAUACUGCACCGCCAAGACGAAGUGGUGCAAGCAGCCACAGAAAAGCGUCUGUCCCGCGGCAUCUCUCACGCCAGUUCGACCAUCGUGUCGUUGGCCCGCUCUCACGUCUCGAGCACGGGUGGAAGCAGCAACGAGCCGCUCCUGGACACGCCGCUGUGCACUUUCCAACUGCCGGACCUCACUGUGUACCGAGACGACUUCAGGACCUUCAUCGAGAGGGACCUGAUCGAGCAGUCCAUGAUGGUGGCGUUGGAGAAUGCUGGGCGACUAAACUGGUGGACGAAAGUUGUUCCAAACUGUCAGAGUCUGCUGCCUCUGGCAACAAGUGGAGAUGGAAACUGUUUGCUGCACGCAGCCUCGCUCGGUAUGUGGGGUUUCCACGACCGCGACUUGAUGCUGCGGAAGUCUUUGUACGCUCUCAUGGAUCACGGCUUGGAGAGGGAGGCGCUGAAGCGCAGGUGGAGGUGGCAGCAGACCCAACAGAACAAAGAGUCUGGUCUGGUGUACACAGAGGAGGAGUGGCAGAAAGAGUGGAACGAACUGUUGAAGCUGGCCUCGAGCGAGCCAAGAAUCCACUACAGCACCAACGGCACCAACGGAGCCGAGUCCUCUGACGAGCCGGUUUAUGAGAGUUUGGAGGAGUUUCAUGUCUUCGUCUUGGCUCACGUCCUCAGAAGGCCCAUCGUUGUGGUGGCAGACACCAUGCUGAGGGACUCGGGAGGAGAAGCCUUUGCUCCCAUUCCAUUUGGAGGCAUCUACCUACCGCUGGAGGUGCCGGCUGCCAAGUGCCACCGCUCCCCCCUGGUCCUGGCGUACGAUCAGGCGCACUUCUCUGCCCUCGUCUCCAUGGAGCAGAAGGACGGCUCCAAAGAUCAAGUUGUGAUUCCUCUCACUGACUCGGAGCACAAAAUGCUGCCUCUGCACUUCGCUGUGGAUCCCGGGAAGGACUGGGAAUGGGGAAAAGACGACAUGGAUAACGUAAUGCUGGCAAGUGUGGCUCUUUCUUUGGAGGCCAAGCUGCAGAUGUUGCACACUUACAUGACGGUUACCUGGCUGCCGCUGCCGUGUGAGGUAAAUCAUGAACAAGCCCCUCUGGCUCAGCCGGAGUCUCCCACAGCUUUGGCAGGAGAGGACGCCCGGACGCCUCCUGACUCAGGAGAAUCAGACAAGGAGUCCGUCAGCAGCAGCUCCAACGGCAACGGAGACACAACCACAGCACCAACUGUUAAUGGGAGUGGGUCUGUGGCCAAAAAUGGCUCCUCCUCCUCUUCCAGCUCAUCCAGCAGUGGAUCUGCAGGAACUGGGUCAGGGGGGAAGGACAAAACUAAGAAGGAGAAAGAUAAAGAUAAAGACAAGAAAAGGGCAGACUCUGUGGCCAACAAGCUUGGAAGUUUUGGCAAAAGCCUCGGCAGCAAGCUGAAGAAAAACGUGGGUGGUCUGAUGACCGGAAAGAACGCCGCAGCAGGAGGUGCCAAGCAGGAAGGUGGGGAGAAGAAGAAGGGUUCGUUUAGGGGGAGGAAGGGCAGCAAGGACAGCUCUCCUUCCACCCAAGCCUCAGAGGAUUCUGGGAAAGGCUCCCCCUCCUCAGGAAGCGAGCGGCUCCUCGGGACGAUGAGCAGCAUGAGCAGCAGCGGCGGGAGCAGCACGGAGAGCGACAACUACAAGUACAGCUCAGACGUGAAGGUCAGCCUGGGCAUCCUGCGCGCCGCCAUGCAAGGUGAGAGGAAGCUCAUCUUCGCCAGCCUUCUCACCACCAGCAACCGACAGCCCUUCCAGGAGGAGAUGAUCCACCGCUACCUCGCCGAUGCAGAGGAGCGCUUUCGAACGGAGCAAGAGCAGCAGCGUCGCGAGGCCGAGAGGAAAGGCAUCGCCAACAGCGUCCAGCCUCCUAAGAAGGAGGUUCUAGGUGGUUCGGAGCUGAGCUAUCGACCCUACGAAGCCAAAGAGGAGCUUUCAGAGAACUUGUCACCUUCCUUCAACCCAACUCCUUUGAGUCCUUCUAUGUACUCUGCUGUAGUGCCCAUCCCCCGGCCCUCCUUCAUCGAGCAGCCCCCGGCUGCACCUCUGACCCAACACCUUCACAUGCACGGCCACUUGGAUACACGCCGCCUACUAGCUGGCGGUGCUCCAGCAACCUCUUACCCCGGCCUCCCCUCGUACGCCACCCUUCCCCGGCACUACCCCACCACACAGGGUCCCUCCCACCCCCAGUACAACAUAUCCCAAGACACCUCCUCCUUGAGCCCGUCUCGCCUCGCGCCGUCCUACCCCGAGUUUGACCCUCCCGAUUACCCCGGGGCUGAGCUCGCUGGUGGGGGCUACACCAACGGCUUCCGGGACAUGAGCUCCAGCCUGGACUCGCGCAGCGGGCUGCCCCCGGUCAGACACUACUCACUGGGCAGCGCAGGCGGUCUGUCCGGCCUGCAGCCCAGCCGUUGUCGGACACCCACCUGCACCUACUUCGGACACCCCGAGACGGGGAACUACUGCUCCUACUGCUACCGGGAGGAGCUGAAGAAGAGGGAGACAGAACUCGCCAUCCACAGGUUCUGA